AUGACCCGUAAGAGCAAUGGACUUUCACCCAUCCGCGUUAUGGUCAUGGGAAGCAGGAGCGUCGGCAAAUCUGCCGUGACCGUCAGGUUCCUGACCAGGCGGUUCAUCAGCGAGUACAGUUCCAUGAAGGACCUCCUGUACAGACACACGGUAUUGGUGGACAACAGGACGUGCGAGCUUGAGAUCCUCGACACCUCCCGCCAUCAGGAGAACAAAUUCCCUGAGGACAAGAUCAACUGGGCGGACGCCUUCGUGGUGGUGUACAGCAUCGAAGACCGUUGGAGCUUUGAAGAAGCCUCCCUGUGUCUUCAGCGGGUCCAGCACCACUGCCCUUGCCUGCCCGCCAUCCUGGUCGCCAACAAGCGGGACCUAUCCCACGUUCGCCAGGUGGACGUGGACGACGGCCGAGAGCUGUCCCUCAAGCUUCACUGCCAGUUCUUCGAGGUGUCCGCGGCUGACAGCUACGCCGGCGUCAGCAUCGCCUUCCAGAGCAUUCUGCGCGAGGUCCUGGCAACGAAGAUUUUGCGGUCCCUAACACCGGUGCGACGGCGUCUCAGCGUCGUCACGGUGUCCAAGAUGCUCGGAGCGGUGUUCGGCAAAAACGCCAAGCGCCAUAAGAAGAGGCCGUCCUUGUCCUUGUAA